CUUACCCUCUUCCUUCUUCGUAUGCUUCGGUCUAAACUAUAUUUUUAUUCUCGGCGCAAUUCUGGAAAAUUAACCCCAAAGUUAUAAGCUAAGUUAUUUGACGUGUUUGUUCUCUUCAAGCUGUCAAACAGGAACCAUGGACCUAUAUGAUAACCGUUCUGCUUCGGUGAAAGCCGUGGCAUACUUGUUCAUUGCGCUUGCUUGGUUCACAUUUCCCUUACGAAUUUGGGUUCGAGGCAAGAUGUUAAAGUCUCUUGGAAUUGAUGAUAUUCUAACCACAAUUACACUGGCCAUUUUCACUGUCUUUAUAGCUUGGGUCCUCUACGCUGCAGAGUACGGGACUGGAAGACAUAAUGCAAGUCUUAUGCCAGAAGAAUUGGUAAAAGCACUGAAAGGCUGGUGGUACGCCGAAACGUUCUAUAUUCUAUCUUGCUUCUUCUUGAAGAUCGCGUUUGGUUCUUUUUUGUUGAGGGUGGCUAAGGAAAAGCUUCAUCGCGGUGUCAUAUGGGUUCUUAUCGCAACCAACAUUGUUUUCUACGUCUUCUACUUUUUCCAGUCGAUCUUCCAGUGUUACCCUAUAGAUCAAUAUUGGAACAGAGUCAGCCCCAUAUCAAAGGGCUCUUGUCACAACCCGAAUUUCACGGCAGAUAGCACUUAUGCGCAAAGCGCCCUAAGCAUCGUUACCGACUUUACGUACGCGACUCUUCCAAUCUUUAUAGUGCGUAAGUUGCACAUGACUCGCUACAAACGCAUAAGCUUGAGCUUUGUCCUUGGUCUUGGAGCGAUCGCAAGCAUUGCCGUCAUCAUACGAAUUCCAUACGUAGUCACCCUUGCCACCUCAGAAGAUUUUCUCUGGCAAACGACGGACGUGGUCAUCUGGUCCUGCGUGGAACCUGGUCUCGGUAUUACCAUUCUUAACCUUGCUGUAAUACGUCCGUUGCUUCGCAUGGUUUCUUCACAAUUCGAAGACAUUACUAGUUCCGCAAAAUCUCGAAAGCAAGGCUAUACCUCAGGAGUAUCCAAUUAUCGUAAAGCCUCAACGUACGGCACCAGCACUACCAUAACCAACAAUGAUAACCCACGGUGUAGCGAUGUGAAGUGCACCUGUAGCUGUCACGAUCCUUGCUUUUACGGUAAGGAUGUCCAACAGGCGGAUAUUGAACACGAUCUUGCACUCACUCCCGUUUCGCCAAAGGCAGCGCACAUGAAGACAGAUGAUGCCGGUAUCCGCAGGACAACAGAGAUAUUUUCCUCAAGCGAGCCACGAACUGACGAUAAAUAUCUACAAGACUCACCAAAUACAAAAUAUGGAAUCGCAGAGGGGGAAGGAGACAAAACUUGUUUGGUCAAGCCAAUGAUAGGCAGGGAAAGCUAUCAAGGCAUCCAUGAGAGCGUUUUGCGACGAGCCAUCUAG